GAACUUCUUCUUGACGAGAGACAGGUCACGUCGACUGCACAUACUGGACUUCGCCCAACACCGACAAAAUGGCGAUCAAGCACAACCAGCAGAUCCAGUACAACCACUUCCGCAAGGACUGGCAACGCCGUGUCCGCGUGCACUUCGACCAGCCCGGCCGCAAGCAGCGCAGACGCAAUGCUCGCCAGGAGAAGGCCGCUAAGGUCGCUCCACGCCCAGUGGACCGCCUGAGGCCUGUCGUCCGCUGCCCAACCAUCAAGUACAACCGCCGCGUUCGUGCUGGUCGUGGUUUCUCGCUCGCUGAGCUGAAGGAGGCUGGCAUUCCACGCAAGCUGGCGCCUACCAUCGGUAUCGCCGUCGACCCACGCCGUCAGAACCUUUCCGACGAGUCUCUGGCCGCCAACGUCGCUCGCCUGAAGGAGUACAAGCAGCGCCUUGUCCUCUUCCCACGCAAGCUCAAGGCACCAAAGAAGGGCGAUGCCGCCAAGGACGAGGUCGAUGCUGCCAAGCAGAUCGGCGAGACCGCCCACGACGGCAAGGUCAAGCACACCAAGCAGGCCUUCCCAAUCGACAACAAAGUUGUCAUCAAGGAGGGCAAGAUCUCCGACUACCCACAGACCGAGAACGCCUACCGUGUGCUUCGUACUGCUCGCUCCGACGCCCGUCUCCAGGGCAAGCGCGAGAAGCGUGCGAAGGCCAAGGCCGACGAGGAGGAGGCAAAGAAGAAAUAGAUGUCGCCUGCACUCGAAAAAUGGAAGUGAUGCGAUUCAAGUUUGGCGUUGGGAGGGAUGAUGACAAGUACGAUAUCACGGAACGUCUGGCGCAGGCAAAAGUGUCAUGGCAUGAUACCAGCAUAGCACAGUCGCAUGCAAACCACGUCUUCAAUCGCUUCCACGAUCAAUCUCCUCCUUCCGCGCUCCGCAGUUCUCGCCCUUCCUCAGCAUGCGUGCUACGGGUCCAGUGAUUGACGUUCUGUUCCCUUUUCAUACAGAUGGUCCAGACCUCAACUUCUAACGAUAUUUUGUAGAUAGCCCGAGGAGACCGGCUCCAAAAUGGAUAACGACCUACGACCAAUGCAUGUUGAUGCUUUGUCGGACUGUCUUGGUCGCCAAGCCAACUCAAUGGCUAAAUAGUAAACCGCAAGCAACACGCACCUCCAAGGCCAGCCGUUAGUGUCCGCAACGGGCCGCUUAAAUCUU